UGACCCGCUUUAAAUCUGUCUGUGUGUAUCUAUAGUGUAAUAUGAUAUACCUAUAUAUAUCUUUUAAUACCUUUCCGUGUAUAGCUGUAUAAAAUCCGACAGGAGAAAUUUGGGCAAAGUACAGUGAAUUUUUACUAAUAGGUUAUCUUGUCUGUUUGCUGGAUGAUCCAUGAUAACUAUUCAUUUGUAUUAAAGCAUGAAGGGAAAGCACCCAAGGAGGUGGAAAUUUUUUAAAAUCUGAUUAAAAUACAUUUUCUGUAUAGAUCUCGUUCAUAUUUGCAAUGUACUCCUAAUUACCUAGUGAUUUCAAGUCUCAAGGUAGGCAGGGUCAGGCCUGGAACACUGAUGGAAGCUCGGUGAGGAAAAGCUAACAUUUGAGGAAGAAGAACACUGUUUACUGCUGGGUCUGUCAUUCAAAUGAAAUAUAAACCUGUUGUGACUAGUUUGGGUCAUUGCAUUUCCAUGCCUUUCUUUCACCCUCAAACACUGGAUGAAAAGGACAGAAUUAUGAUUGAUUGCUAAUGCCGUUAAUUACUGACUAUGUUUAAAGCUUCACCUACAAUUUAAGUUAAGAGUCAUAAAUUUUCUCUUUAUCAAUCAUUGAAUAUUUCUGGUAGUAAUUCUGUUGGCACUGGUAGGUGAACUUCAUUUUUACCCCAUAAGUGGCCACAGUUUGCUAGCAAACUCUUUUCUUUGGGUUUGGUUAGUGUAAUCUCCUUAAAAUUUAGGACAAAUCUUCCACCAUAACACUUGAAAUAAUUUUUUUUUCUUUUACUGGGCUUCUUUGCUACUGAUUGGAGCUUGGGUGUCUGUUUAGAUGUGUACAAGCAAAAUAAUGCAUGCGUGUGACAUAUUUAUGAAUAUGUGUGCAUUUCCUAACUUGUGUAAUUUUUUUUCAAGAUAUUCUUCCAGCAGAUCACAGCACAUGCCUUAUAGUCUUUAAAAGAAGAAUGCUGUACAACAUUUCACAGUAAAGAUGAGGACCUGAGAGAUAUUUCUGUUAUCUUAAAGCUAUAGAGGAAUUUUGGCUUCUUGGAGAAAGAGUAGAAAAUGCAAAACGAAAUAAUAAAGCCUGCUAAAUACUUCUCAGAAGUGGAGAAGAGUGUGCUGCUUGCGUUAGUUGAAAAAUACAAAUACGUGCUUGAAUGUAAAAAAAGUGAUGCAAGAACGAUUGCUCUGAAGCAACGCACGUGGCAAGCACUAGCUCAUGAAUACAAUUCACAGCCCAGUGUAUCGCUGCGAGACUUCAAACAGCUAAAGAAAUGCUGGGAAAAUAUCAAGGCACGGACAAAAAAGAUAAUGGCACAUGAAAGGCGGGAGAAGGUAAAAAGAAGUAUUAGUCCACUUAUAAAUACUCACAUCGUAGGGAAAGAGAAGAUUGCCAGCAUAAUGCCUGAGCAAAUGUACUUUUUGCAGAGCCCACCAGAAGAAGACUCUGAAUAUCAGCCUGAUGCUUCUAGUCAAGAGUCAUUUGUUGUGUCAAACAGAGAACUUUGUGAUGAAGACAAAGAGCUGGUACAUUUUCCAGUAUGUGAAGGUACCUCCCAACCUGAGCCCUCGUGUUCUGAUGUCAGAAUAGCAGCAGAUAAGAACUACAGAAGUAAAGCAUCUCAGGAAAGUGCUCUGAAAAAGAUGCAUGAGGAAGAACAUCAUCAGCAAAUGUCAAUUUUGCAACUGCAGCUAAUCCAAAUGAAUGAAGUUCAUGUGGCAAAGAUACAGCAAAUAGAAAGAGAGUGUGAGAUGGCUGAAGAAGAACACAGGAUAAAAAUGGAAGUGUUAAAUAAAAAGAAAAUGUAUUGGGAGAGAAAACUGCAGACCAUUACAAAAGAAUGGCCUGUAUCAUCCUAUAACAGACCCUUUCCUAAUUCACCUUAGAAUAUAGAAGGGCAGAGAGUCAGUCUGAUUCAGCACAUUUAUGAGUAACAUGCACUGGAAAAAGGGUUUUCUACUGUGAAUGUACAGUGACAGGAUAGGUGCCUGGCUGAUAGUGAACACACUAUGACUCUUAAUGUUUAGGGAAACAGUGGUAUAGACCACCACGAGGAAAACUUGUUCAUUUGUAGGUAGUUCUGGUUUGUUUAACUCACAGACAUGCACAGUGUUCUAAAAUGUGAACAUAUUUUCCCCUCUCAGAACACCCUUGAUCCUUGUGAAAUUUAAGGUACUCUGGGUAUUCUUACAUUGGGUGUUCUGAAGAAAACCUAACAGCUUUAAACAUCGGGCUGUGGUGUUUGUUUUGAUUACUCUCUGUUCCUAUCUACCAUUUCCCAAAUGAAGGCAAGGGUUGGAGUUGCUCUCUGCUAUUGAGACAAAGGUGAUUGACAGGUAUCAGUUGGAUCAUUAUGCUGAGGCUUAAGAAAAAUAAACUAGUUAAUAUAGUCUGUAACUUAUUCUUCAUAGAAGAUGUGAAAAUGAAGGAAGUAGCAAGAGGGCCACUGUAGUAAUAGCCCUUUCCUUCUGAAGAACAGUAGUAUUUUGCAGCUGACUGAGGGAAUGGUUGUGGACUGGCCCUCCAGUUGUUCGAGCCUUGACACUUGAGAAGUUAAAAAGAAGGUGACUUCUUCCUCAAAAGCCACUGUGCUUGUUCUUUCAUUUCCAGGCCCACCUUGUAUUGAAGUAGCAUACCCAAACAGGAGGGUCAAAUGCUGCUGCUUCACUUCCUGAAGUCAUUCUGAAGAGAAGAGCUUUUUAACAAUUCAUAAAGCUCUCAAAAUGCAGUGAGCCAGCCAGUCCAUAGGCAAAGUCUCCCUCUAUUUUCCUAUGCAAUACUUGACGGUGUAGCAGCUAGCUUGAUUAUCUCUCCUUAGCCAGAAGAAAAGACUCACCCUCUUUUCCUUCUCACAGGGUGGGAGGCAGUUCAAGGGAAUCAUUCCUGUCUUGAAGCACUGUUCUGUUUUGUUCUGUCCUGUGCGUUACGGUGGUGUGUUUCUUGCCUUUGCUGUCAGUGAGGGGUGAUGGACAUGAUUUUAUGAAGGCAUUCACAUGAAGGUCCCCAUGGAUUUUGAACGUCCAGAAUAGUAGAUAGUAGGAAAGCACAAAUAAAGAUAAUCCUUACCCUGGCAAUCAUUUAUUCUAGUGGGGCAAGAGUUAAGAAAAUGUGAAAUGCAGAACCCUGCAAGGAUUCGUAAGAUCUUCUGGUGUGUGAAAACCUGUUUUACAGGAAGGUGUACAACCAUCAUUUGAAGCAGUGAGAAAAAUGAACAAACCCAUAAAUUUUCAUUGAAAAAUCUGACUAUCAUAUUAUUCAAUAAAGUAUUUUCAGAUCAUGACUCAUGAGGGCAAGUGAGCAAUCUAUUCAGGGUAUGUUACAAAGCAUACAUUCCCAGUUACACUCCUAUCUCUUUCCCUGGAUGCUCUUUCUGAUGGAGUGAGUUCCUUUUGGUUUUGUUUUGGAUCGAGUAGGGUUUUGUGUUGGUGUGGGUGGGGGUGUAUGUUUCUUUUUUUUGACCAGCUUUCACUGCUGGUGAUUCAUCUUUGCGAGCGCUGCCCUUACUAGCCGCAGGGCUCACUGUGGUUAGCACUGUGGUACCUGUGCUACCUCCUAAAUGUGCUAACACCAGCAGUCACAAUGGGAGCUAUUUAUUGCUUCUCAUUGUAUAUGGCAGAGCAAAAAAAUACACUGGGCUGCUGCAAGUUAAAAAAAUAGGCCCUGGGCGAAAUCUGAAGACAGAUCUUUUUCACCACAAACUCAAUAUUAUUAUAAGUUGGCUGUGUGAAGAAAGUACAGGAAUUCCAAAGAAAGAUAUUGUUCUGGGCACUUUUCUUUUUCUGCUGUACAGAAACACUUUUGGAAGGUAUGAUCAUAGUAGAGGCAAAAGAAAAGUAAACAUUUGAGGACCUUUUUGUUCUGAGAUUGCAUUCUGUGGUCUGGAAAUGAGUCAGUUAUUUGACUGGUUGUGACAAUUGUACAGGCACCAUCCAGAAAAAAGGGAUAGGGAAAAUGUUUUGUCUUAACCAAUGAUGGGAUUCCUUCUGCACUGGUUCUGAGUGAAAGCAAUUUGAAACUAUGAAAUGGAAACCGGGUGUUAGAACGUGAUGAAUGGAGACAAUUUCAGCACUGUGAAAAGGGCAAGAAUAGAGACAAUCCAGGUCUAGAUAGCCCUGUGAAAAUUAUUAAAUAGUCAGAGAGGAUCUCACAAAAUGUGAGAUAAGAGUAGCUUGAACUCCUGGAAAUUACACCACUGCUCAUGAAAGAUUGUUUUAUUUUUAUAUUUAAAAAUCCUUUAAAAUGAGCCUGUUUUCAAAGUGUACUAAGUGGGCAAUGCCUUGCUUCUUGGUAUAUUUUCUUACUCUGAGACCAAAAGUUACAGUUCUUAGGCCGAACAACAGAUCCUUUUAAUUCAGGUUCUAUUUAAAAGAAAAAAAAUCAUAAAAAAAAGAUUAGAAAGAGCCAAGAGGAAGAUAUGAAAGAAAGAAUGAUCAUUACAUGCAUAGGGGAAGAAUCGGAAUGUUACACCUAACAUAAAUUAUACAAGAUGGUUUUGUGGUACAGGCAGUAGAUGGUUCACAGGUCACACAGGCUCUUGCUUUCCCAUUUGUAGUUGACUGUUGGUUGCUGUGAAAUUGGGUGAUAGACACAGAAAAAUGUAAAAGAUGAACAGGAGGAAAUAAUGGAAAUAAUCUUUCCAGGCUUUGGCUUCAUAAAGUGAUCAAUGUGAUGGAAUUGAAAUUACUUGAGAAAUUACUUUUGCCUUUGCUGUUGUUGUUGCAAUUACUCCCUCUGGUAGUAGGGUUUAUUUUUUCUUGUGUUUGACUUAUAAGUAAUAUAGCAAUCUCAGACAAUAUGUCAAUUUGUUUCUCUCCCCUUUUUUCUAGCUUACAUCAUUCAACUACUUUCACAUAAUUCUGUUUUCCUGUUAACCGUUUGGCCAAGGUGUAUGUGCAUUUUGUCAAGGUUUUUCCACAGAUAGAAUACAGCACUAUUUUAAGAAGAAUUUGCUAUAAAAAUUUUUUGUCAAUAAUGAACUUAAAAGGUACACAGGGCAAAUGAUCCCUGCUUAAGUCCAUAACAAAAAAUGUGUACCAGAUAUGUAGUGGCCAUUGUUCUCAGCCUCUAUAUUCUUAUGAAGAGAAACAAUGGCCUUCCAGACAAGGUGUGGUGAAUUCCUUUAUGGUCCCCAAAUUGACAUGAGCCUAGCUCCAGCUGCUCUCUUUCCUUGGAGGUCAUCUAAUUUGUUGCCUAGUAUAAUUCUUUUCAUUUGUUGAUUUUUUUUCUCCUUUACAUCUGUUCCCCCUUAGUUUUUUAACCAGCAAUAUGAGCAGGGGGUUUCAUUCGGAGCUAUGUGUUUUACUCUUUCCUUCCUCUUGCCCAGACUGCCCAUAUCACAGCAUUUGUACAUGAAACAGGUGCUCCUUCUCCUUCCACAGAAAUCAUGGUUAGUUACCUUUUCCACACAGCUGCCAGUACAUUCUGGAUUCUGCACACAGGCUAGGAAGCAGAGGAUUUUGAAGAGAGGUUAGUAUUGAGAAAGGUCUGUAUGAAGAAGAGCAUUUUCUCCAUUCCAGCUCCAUGUAAUUUGGGAGGACAGUCUGUGACCAGGAAGUCAUUCAUCAGGACCAGAGCUAUGCAGGGUGCUGAAGCUGUGUAAGUGGUUCUGAUUCUUCUCAGUCCUUGGGGUUCUGCAGAAGUUAGGUUUGAGGUUUCCUGGUAAAAAACGUCCUUUUUUCUCAGUAGUUGAAGAGUCUCAGUGGAAUCCUUUCACAGGUACUUCCUCAAAUGAAAAGUCUUACCAUGACAAAGAAACAGCCCAUCCUGCCAUCUAUUCUACUUCUUUCAAUGCCCAGGCUGCUUUAUCACUAGAGCAAGGGAUCUUCCUGCUUGCCACAAAUCCUCUCUCUGAAGCUCCUUCCUGCACUGCAGAGAUGUGUUUAGCCAGGGCUGAAAAUACAGCCCAGCCCAGCCACUGCUCAGAGAAGCGAUUCUCACAGUGUAGGUACACCUCGUGUGGCUGAGCUCAGCACUCAGAUUUUGGGCUCAGCACUCAGACUUUGAACUCUUGCUACUCAGGGUCACAGUAUUCCCAUUGCAGCCGUGUGACCAGAGAAAGCUCAGGGCUACCUUUUUCUGAGCGUGCAGCUGAGUGUGCUGUGCUGAAUUUUGUUUAAUGAGCAUUCAUCCCUGUGUGUUUCCAACACCAAAGUUUAGCAGUCUCACAAGGAUGUGUAUGAUUGCAUAGAUGUUUUUCAAUGAUCUUUUGCAGAUAUAUUGUUUUCUGGUUGUAGUUACAGUCGCUUUUAUGUGUCCUUUUCCUUCUUCCCCACUUGCAUUAUUAAUGUUCCAGUUUUGUUCUAAAUCUCUGUGGUUACGGUCUGUACCACCACACAUUCAUGUAGUAUCACAUUUUCAGGUAUUUUUCUCAUUAUGACAUUGAAAUAAUAAACUGCUACACAUUUGUAUUUUGCUACUCUGUGGGUAGGGGAAUUACAUGUAAAUCCUAAAUUAACAUCUAUUUGAUUUUUUUUCCAGACAUGUCCCUCACAAGUAGUCCUGUGAUUUCAUAUUUUGAGCUAACUUGCUAUUUUUGAAAGACUGAUACACCUUAGUUGCUUUAAUAAGAUAAUUGCCUGUCUUUCCACAUUAUUUUUCUGUUUCUUCUCAAGACAGCUGACUGUAUAUUCACACAUCGUCACUCUUCCUGAAUUUUGUACAUUUGAUAGAAAAGAAAUGACCAUUUGUUGCCAUCUAUAAGAAUAGGAUAAUAUAUUUUCCAGUGAAAGCCAGCAGUGGUCUCUGUUUCUGGUAUCACAGAUUGACUUCUGUGCUGAUGAUCAGCUUGAUUCUGUUAUAUCUAAACAAGGUGCAUGUAGAAAUGUGGACAGAUUUCUGGACCUAAAACUAGAGCUAUAAAAUAGAAAUGCACUACCUGUGGCUCUGAACAUUUUACUGUUCUGGUGGUGAAGGAAUUAGGCAUCUGACAACAUUGUCAGUCACAUUAAUAACAAAUUACAAACUUGCAGAAUCAAAAAAAAAAAAAAAGGCUGGUUUUCAGAAUGAGUAAAAGUGAAGACAGCUCUUAGCUGUCCCAAGAGGUAAUGUUGUCACACAUGUCAAAAAAUUUCUCCUCGUAGUCUUCACUUGUCUUUCCUUUGAGACUCUGGACACCUCUACCACAGCAUUCACAAGUGCCUGACAAUAAGAAAAGUAGCCACUUUCAAGGAGGAAUCCUGCCAGAGUUAUUAGACCUCACUCUUUGUAAAAGUGAAGUUGGACAAUUUUCCAAGACUACAUUAUCCAGACACACAUGCACAAACACUGUGGAAAAGCAUGUGAAAUCUGUCCAGCACGUAGUCUGCCAAAUGGCAUAGGAUAUACAGCAAGGAAAAGGAAAAUGUUGUCCACUCCGUGGCCAUGGGUUAUAAAACCAGUGUAUUCAGGAGAUGUGUGGAUGGAUCUCACCAGAUGGCCAACCUCUCUAAGAAUCAAGAAGUAUUUUUGCCAAAUAUCUAGUCUGUUAAAACAGCCCCACAACAAAAGCAAAAGGAACAAAAAACCCCAAAAAACUUAAGCACUCAAACAGCUAGAAGCAAUCUGUUCCCUUCUGGAUAGAGAGGUGGCUAGAUACAAAGCCUGCACUACACAUACAUGUAUUUAGGGAAACAAGUCUCUAUUUUAACAGAAAUAAAGCAAGAUCGAUUUGUAGAUUGUCCUUAUUUUAUUUAGGUCACCUUUUAAAAAUGUUGAUUGAGAUUGUUUCUUUUCCUUUUGUUGUUCAGUCCAGCUUCAGAAUAGUUGUGUUCUUCAGUCUCUAACCAACUGUUAGAGCACCUCAUUAAUCAAUUUUGUUUGGCAAGAGAGUUGAAGUAGGUUUGUAUUCAGCACAACUUGAGAUUAAUUGUAUUCCACAAAUCUUCAGAUGUUCCUUCUCAGCUAUAAGAGGCUGUUCUUGGAUAGACCUGAACCUGAAACUGGAAUUAUAUGCCUAUUUAGUAGUAAUUUAUUUUUUAUAGGGCACUUACAAGUUGCCAUAUGGGCUGCUCAAGCUCUGCCCAUUAUUUGGUCACAUACAAAUUCCUUUUCUUUUCUUUGAGUUAUGCCCUGAAAUUAUGUACUAAGCCACAAAUGGACCAGCUGAAUUGCCCAUAUAAAUUCCUGCCACACAUUCUGUGUCACACUGUAAUGGAGGGAGGAUGGGGAAUCCUGCUUCUGUUUAAUUGCAGAGUUUUGGAAUUUGACCUGUUACUCUCACCAAAGUUUUGCUAAAAAUUGUUUUGUUCUGUUUGACACCUAUGUGGUCCCACUGAGCACUCCUUCAGCACAGUGAAUUGCUUGGCUUUAUAACUACUUGAAUUCUAAUCCCAUGGAUUUUGUGAAGUCUGAAUUAACACACACAACAUAAAGUCCAUUUAUUUGAAAAAGAUCUUAUAAAUACUGAGACUCUGAAAAGUGCAAAUUAGGGAGGUGAUGUGAUCAAUUUGGUAUUUAAACCGGGGCAGAAAUUUUGGCAGGCUGGGAGUUAUAAGUGCUGACCUAAGAGAGAGGUUCAAUCUCUGCUUUGGGAACAGUAAUAUCCAAUACAAAUACUGCCUUACCUCCAACUUUCUGUCUAAAACGAGGCAUAAUGAGAAGUCCUUGCCAAAUAAAGCAACAUUGGUUUCCAAAAUGCGCUUAAUUUGCUUUCAAUUGCUGGCCUGUAUGAGGGCUCUGAGGCUGGAAUGGGCAUUCUGUUGCACUCUGUUGGUGGCUGAGAGCAUAGGAAGACUUCCCAUACUGAUUUUAUCCUGUUCCCCUCAAGUGCAAUACUCCUACUGGGAUGCACUUAGGUGCCAGUUGAACCACGGCAAGGUGCUCACAUUCUUCAGUUGUCUGGCAUAUUUUCAGAUUACCAAAUCAGCAGGGGUGGAGGUAUUUGAGUAAAAAAUAAGAGGUUUUAGUCAGCAGGAACAACCACCAUUGCAAACUGUAUUCCUGAGGUGCCUUCUAAAAUUGAAAAGGCGGCAAAUUUAGAGGUAUAAUCAAUAAAUGAUCACAAUGGUACUUUGUCUCAGCCAGUUAAAGCAUCGUGUUAUGGGGUAAAUCUUGCUUUUACUCCUCUAUUAGACUGAUAAAAGACUGAAAUAAGUUGCAUACUUCCAGUUUACAUUUUCACAAUCCCACUGAAGCCAGCACAUUUCUCUACACUGUGCAAUGGCCUUGGUAGAUGAGUGUUGAUCUCUGCUCUCAAUCUUGUCCAAAUGCCACAGCUACCAGCUCUACUUCUGCAAAUCCAGCAAAAGUGCACUGUCAGGGAGCCAGGCUGAGAACAUCAGAUGGGCAAAAAGACUGGCUUAAACUUAGGCCCUUCUCUUACACCCAGCAUAGACACAAGUGGCUCAAGCCCCACAGCUUCACAUACUGCCACAGCUUCAAACACAAAUAAAGACAUAGUGACACCAGUGGGCAACUUUAGUGAUCUGUAAAAAUUGCUUUGGGUGGUAAGCAAUUGAUUUUUUAAAUUUGUUGUACAUUAAAAUGUUCCAAAUCAUGGGGCAGCUUAAAAUUAUGACCUGUCAGUGUUCACUUACCAAAAGCAAUAAAUUAGCACAGUUUCAGUCUGACAGGUGCAGUUUUUUGUCAGGAUUCUUAAAUAAUACAAAACAAAAGAGCCAACUGUGUUAAUCCAUGCCCACUUAGAUAUAUACAUAAAUUCAACCAAAUAAACAUCUUUUUUGUAAUAUUUCAUAUUCUCAGCUACAUGUGGACUUUUGUGUUUGUUUAUGCUUUCCACUUUUUCUUUUCCUCAAGAGUUUAAGGCUAAAUAAUGACAGACCUGAUCUUCAUCUUCUCGAGAUGCAGAGGUUAUAACAUUUUACGGCAGUAUCUGAAAAAAAAGUUCUGGUAUUCAGUGAAUGCAAAUACAGUGAUAUUCCAGUCUGUCCUGCUUCCCAGAGACCUAGAGGAAUAGCCCUAAUCAUGCCCUUCUUUUUGUGGUUGCGUUUCUGACCUUCCAGUCACAAGAUGUACAAGCUGUUCUGCCACCAGCUACCAUCCAGCAGCAGACAUGUGGUUACAGGGCUUGUUCUUCAGAGGUGCUGACCUGCUGGAUUUUUGACUGACUUGUAUUGCUGAGUAAGAACCUCUUGCUUCCAAAACAUCAUGCAGUUUAACAGAAUUAUUUUUACAUUACCCAAGAAGUGGAAAUGCUUUAAGAGAUAGUAUGUUUUCCAAUGUGUUAUGGCCAUCUCUGCUAGUACUACCAUCUUGUGGUGGUACAUAAUGGUGGCCAUGCUUUGAGAAGUCUUCUCUCUCCAAGGGGAAAAAGAAACUUGCACUUUAAUUUGGCAGUGACCAAGGGUAUUAUUUGAGGUUGUUCCAUGAGGUUCUUUCUCCACCAUCACUUUUUCUAAUCCUGCAGAAUCUUCGCCUAUUUAGCGUGUAUAUUCCACCAGUGCUGAAAUUGCACCAAAUUUGUUUGGCCAAGGAGACUUCAAGGAUCCUCUGAAAACCUCUGAAAGUGGUAGUCUUUCCCUGUGUGUUCAGGGGGCUCAGGAUCACUGCACUCCAAAUGCAGAGGCAUUAAAAACUGGACCUCUAAAAUAUUGCCGUCACAGGAGCUUGAGAAUCCCAAGGAGAAUCCUAAAUCUAGAUACUCCUCAUUGUCAUUUUUGUAUAAAUGGCCAAAUAAUUAGGAAACCACUGUUUCUUUACACUGUGUUGUAUGUGACAUUAGAUUUUGUUGUACUUUAAUAGUAUGUAAAAUUACAUUUUGUCCUGUUUGUGCUUACGGUCAGUAGGAAUUCGAAACAGAAUAAACACUUAAGUACUUGGCUAUUUGUCAUAAGA